UCCUGUAAGCACACGGCUCCUGUACAGGGAGAAGAUAUGAACAAUAUUAAUGUUCCAAAGACAGAUUGGAGCGGUGAUGAGCAGUAUAAGGAAAACAUUCCAACAGGGAAAGAUCUGAUCUAUAUUAAUGCUACUGACAUAAAAAAAGAAAAGAAAGAUGUGAUCGGUGAUGAGCAGUAUAAGGAGAUCAUUCCUGCAGGGAAAGAUCUGAUCUAUAUUGAUGCCACAGACAUAAACGAAGAAGAGAAAGAUGUGAGCGGUGAUGAUCAGCAUAUGGAGGACAUUCCUACAGUAAAAGAUCCAAUCUAUAUUAACGCUGCAGACAUAAAGGAAGAAGAGGAGACAGAUGUGAGCAGUGAUGAGCAGUAUAGGAAGGACAUUCCUACUGGGAAAAAUCUGAUCUAUAUUAACUCUACAGACACAAAGGGAGAAGAAGAAAAUACAGAUGGAAGCAUUGAUGAGAAGUAUAUGGAGGACAUUCCUACGGGGAAAGAUCCAAUCUAUGUUAAUGCUAAAGUUAUAAAGGAAGAAGAAAAUACAGAUGUGAGCGGUGAUGAGAAGUAUAUGGAGGACAUUCCUACAGGGAAAGAUCUGAUCUAUAUUAAUGCUAAAGAUGUAAAGGAAGAAGAAAAUACAGAUGUGUGCUGUGAUGAUCAGUAUAUGGAGGACAUUCUUAUAGGAAAAGAUCCAUUCUACAUUAACGCUGCAGACAUAGAGGAAGAAGAAGAGGAGACAGAUGUGAGCGGUGAUGAGCAGUAUAAGGAGGACAUCCCUAAAGGUAACCAUCCAGAUGACUGUACCAGGAGAUCAGAGGGGAAUCUUAUAUCUUCAGAUUAUAAAGCAGAUGAUGAUAUCACACAAGAUACAUAUGAAGAACAUUCCAUUAUCCCAGAUACACCCUCAGCCCUUCACAGCCAAGAUCUCUCAUCUCAUCCUGUUAUACAAGUCCGACCUAAAGAUUCAUCUCAGUCUGUUAAACUAAAUAAGGAAAAGCGAUUUUCAUGUCCAGAAUGUGGGAAAUGUUUUCUUUGGAAAUCAAGUAUUGUUAAGCAUCAAAAAACUCACACAGGAGAGAAGCCAUUUUCAUGUUCAGAAUGUGGAAAAUGUUUUUGUCAGAAAACAGAUCUUGUUAAACAUCAAAGAAUUCACACAGGAGAAAAGCCAUUUUCAUGUUCAGAAUGUAGAAAAUGUUUUAGUCAUAAUGGAAAUCUAGUUGAACAUCAAAGAAUUCACACAGGUGAGAAGCCAUUUUCAUGUUCAGAAUGUGGGAAGUGUUUUACUCACAAAACAGAUCUUGUUCGACAUCAAAGAAUUCACACAGGUGAGAAGCCAUUUUCAUGUUCAGAAUGUGGGAAGUGUUUUACUCAGAAAACAGUUCUUGUUCAACAUCAAAUAAUUCACACAGGAGAAAAGCCAUUUUCAUGUUCAGAAUGUGGGAAAUGUUUUUAUCGGAAAUCACAUCUUGUUACGCAUCAAAGAAUUCACACAGGAGAUAAGCCAUUUUCAUGUUCAGAAUGUGGGAAAUUUUUUACUGAAAAAUCGGAUCUUCUUAAACAUCAAAGAAUUCACACGGGAGAAAAGCCUUUUUCAUGUUCAGAAUGUGGAAAAUGUUUUUAUCGGAAAUCACAUCUUGUUACGCAUCAAAGAAUUCACACAGGAGAAAAGCCAUUUUCAUGUUCAGAAUGUGGAAAAUGUUUUAUAAAAAAAAUAGAUCUUGUUAAACAUCAAAGAAUUCACACAGGUGAGAAGCCAUUUUCAUGUUUAGAAUGUGGGAAGUGUUUUACUCAGAAAACAGUUCUUGUUAAACAUCAAAUAAUUCACACAGGAGAAAAGCCAUUUUCAUGUUCAGAAUGUGGGAAAUGUUUUAAUCGGAAAUCAAAUCUUGUUACGCAUCAAAGAAUUCACACAGGAGAAAAGCCAUUUUCACAUUCAGAAUGUGGGAAAUUUUUUACUGAGAAAUCGCAUCUUGUUAAACAUCAAAGAAAUCGCACAGGAGAGAGGCCAUUUUAAUGUUCAGAAUGUGGAAAAUUAUAUCAUAAUGCAGAUCCAGGGUUGCUACGGGUAAUUCCCAUGGAGCAAAUAGCAGAAGGUUUACGUAGAUUCUCCACUUUAUGUAGGAGAGAAAGCUUCUAUAUUUUUAAGCUAACCACACUGAUCCCGAAUGGUUUUAAUGAAUGUAUAGAGCGAGGAGAAGAUAUGAACAAUAUUAAUGUUCCAAAGACAGAUUGGAGCGGUGAUGAGCAGUAUAAGGAGAUCUUUCCUACAGGGAAAGAUGUGAUCUAUAUUAAUGCCACAGACAUAAAGGAAGAAGAGAAAGAUGUGAGCGGUGAUGAUCAGCAUAUGGAGGACAUUCCUACAGGAAAAGAUCCAAUCUAUAUUCAUGCUGCAGACAUAAAGGAAGAAGAAGAGGAGACAGAUGUGAGCGGUGAUGAGCAGUAUAUGGAGGACAUUCCUACAGGAAAAGAUCCAAUCUAUGUUAAUGCUGCAGACAUAAAGGAAGAAGAAGAGGAGACAGAUGUGAGCGGUGAUGAGCACUAUAUGGAAGACAUUCCUACAGGAAAAGAUCCAAUCUAUAUUCAUGCUGCAGACAUAAAGGAAGAAGAAGAGGAGACAGAUGUGAGCAGUGAUGAGCAGUAUAUGGAGGACAUUCCUACAGGAAAAGAUCGAAUCUAUAUUAAUGCUGCAGACAUAAAGGAAGAAGAAGAGGAGACACAUGUGAGCGGUGAUGAGCAGUAUAAGGAGGACAUUCCUACAGGUAACCAUCCAGAUGACUGUACCAGGAGAUCCGAGGAGAAUCUUAUAUCUUCAGAUUAUAAAGCAGAUGAUGAUAUCACACAAGAUACAUAUGAAGAACAUUCCAUUAUCCCAGAUACACCCUCAGCCCUUCACAGCCAAGAUCUGUCAUCUCAUCCUGUUAUACAAGUCCAACCUAAAGAUUCAUCUCAGUCUGUUAACCAAAAAAUGGAAAAGCGAUUUUCAUGUUCAGAAUGUGGGAAAUAUUUUACUGACAAAUCAGGUUUUGUUAAACAUAAAAAAAUUCACACAGGAGAGAAGCCAUUUUCAUGUUCAGAAUGUGGGAAAUGUUUUCCUUGGAAAUCAAGUCUUGUUAAGCAUCAAAGAACUCACACAGGAGAGAAGCCAUUUUCAUGCUCAGAAUGUGGAAAAUGUUUUAGUCUGAAUUCAAAUCUUGUUAAACAUCAAAGAAUUCACACAAGAGAAAAGCUUGUUUCAUGUUCAGAUUGUGGGAAAUGUUUUACUGACAAAUCAGGAUUUGUUAAACAUCAAAAAAUUCACACAGGAGAAAAGCCAUUUUCAUGUUCUGAAUGUGGGAAAAGUUUUACUCGGAAAUCACAACUUGAUUCGCAUCAAAGAAAUCACACAGGAGAAAAGCCAUUUUCAUGUUCAGAAUGUGGGAAGUGUUUUACUCAGAAAACAAUUCUUGUUAAACAUCAAAUAAUUCACACAGGAGAAAAGCCAUUUUCAUGUUCAGAAUGUGGGAAAUGUUUUACUCGGAAAUCACAUCUUGUUUCGCAUCAAAGAAAUCACACAGGAGAAAAGCCAUUUUCAUGUUCAGAAUGUGGGAAGUGUUUUACUCAGAAAACAAUUCUUGUUCAACAUCAAAUAAUUCACACAGGAGAAAAGCCAUUUUCAUGUUCAGAAUGUGGGAAAUGUUUUACUCGGAAAUCACAUCUUGUUUCACAUCAAAGAAAUCACACAGGAGAAAAGCCAUUUUCAUGUUCAGAAUGUGGGAAGUGUUUUACUCAGAAAACAAUGCUUGUUAAACAUCAAACAAUUCACACAGGAGAAGAGCCAUUUUCAUGUUCAGAAUGUGGGAAAUGUUUUACUCGGAAAUCACAUCUUGUUUCGCAUCAAAGAAAUCACACAGGAGAAAAGCCAUUUUCAUGUUCAGAAUGUGGGAAGUGUUUUACUCUGAAAUCAGUUCUUGUUAAACAUCAAAGAAUUCACACAGGAGAAAAGCCAUUUUCCUGUUCAGAAUGUGAGAAAUGUUUUACUGGGAAAUCACAUCUUGUUAUGCAUCAAAAAAUUCACACAGGUGAGAAGCCAUUUUCAUGUUCAGAAUGUGGGAAGUGUUUUACUCAGAAAACCGUUCUUGUUAAACAUCAAAUAAUUCACACAGGAAAAAAGCCAUUUUCAUGUUCGGAAUGUGGGAAAUGUUUUACUGGGAAAUCACAUCUUGUAAUGCAUCAAAGAAAUCACACAGGAGAAAAGCCAUUUUCAUGUUCAGAAUGUGGGAAGUGUUUUACUGUGAAAUCAGUUCUUGUUAAACACCAAAGAAUUCACACAGGAGAAAAGCUAUUAUCAUGUUCAGAAUGUGGGAAAUGUUUUACUCUGAUUUCACAUCUUGUUACGCAUCAAAGAAUUCACACAGGAGAAAAGCCAUUUUCAUGUUCAGAAUGUGGGAAAUGUUUUACUCAGAAAUCACAUCUUGUUACGCAUCAAAGAAUUCACACAGGAGAAAAGCCAUUUUCAUGUUCAGAAUGUGGGAAAUGUUUUACUGAGAAAUCGGAUCUUCUUAAACAUCAAAGAAUUAACACAGGAGAAAAGACCUUUUCAUGUUCAGAAUGUGGGAAAUGUUUUACUCUGAAAUCACGUCUUGUUACGCAUCAAAGAAUUCACACAGGAGAAAAGCCAUUUUCAUGUUCAGAAUGUGGGAAAUGUUUUACUGAGAAAUCGGAUCUUCUUAAACAUCAAAGAAUUCACACAGGAGAAAAGACAUUUUCAUGUUCAGAAUGUGGGAAAUGUUUUACUCUGAAAUCAAAUCUUGUUAAACAUCUAAAAACUCACACAUGAAAGAAGCCAUUUUCCUGUUCUGAAUGUGGGAAAUGUUUUUCUGUGAAACAUCUUAUCAAACAUCUAAGAAUUCACACAGGAGAGAAGCCAAUUCAGAGCAAUAAAUGACACAGAUAACACAUCUAUAUAUUAACCAUGUACAUAGGAUAUCUGACAUUUAUACAUAUAUCAUAUACUGCAUCUCCAAACUUGUUCCCAAUUGUUAAUAAAAGUUUUCUUUUAGAACGUAGUCACCGAUCCAGCGAUGUCAUCACUAUAGUUUACAUGGUAGGAAAAGAGUGUGAUAUAUGGUUGUGAUAUUCACUGCUCCUCAUGGAGAAGACCCAACAGGCAUAAUCCAUGGGGAGCUGCUACUGGAGACCCAAACACCUCAGAGAGAAGGGACUUAUUCCAGUGAUGAAGAAUUCCAGGACAUGACCAGAUUAGAGACACAAAAUCACUUCUAUCUUCUGGCUUCUAGGACAUUAUUCUGAUGGAAGAACUUUACACAUUAUA